AUGGCUUACCGUUUGAGUCCAGCCACCCAAUCAAUUGGUUCAUCUCCAUUUGCCAUGCUCUUUGGUAGAGAAAUGAGACUUCCCAUAGAUAUCCAGCUGAUUCCAAAAGAAACACUACCAAGAGUCAAGCAGGGGUUAGCACCAAAAUUGUGCAAGAAAUGGCUUGGACCUUAUUAUAUAGUAGACAAUAAACCAAACCAUACUUUUAAAUUACGAAGAUUCUCGGAUGACAAGCCUUUAAAAUCUCUUGUCAAUGUUGCUCGUUUAAAACAGUAUUAUGAUCCAGCUACCCGCCCUACUAAUAUCCCUGAAAUAUCAGACGGAGAAAUGGAUCCAGAAGAAAUUACUGAGGAAUCUGCACAAAUGUUGGAUGAACCCCAAAAUCAUACUCAGCCAGACAAUACACAUCCAUUAGAUCAGCAACCAACACAAAGACAUAAACAGCUGUCAGAUGAUCAAAUUGAAAAAAUAAUUAAAUGUGCAAAUUACCAAGGUGGAAAAGUAUAUAAGGUUAAACUUGAAAUUGGUCCAACACAAUGGGAGAAAGCAGAUUCCAUACCAGAAAUGUUACGUCAAGAGUUCCAUGCAACCAAAACAGCAGAUGGAAAGAAAAGAAAACGCCCACUGCAGGCCAAUAAAUUCUUUUAUAACAAGAAUCAAAUAUCUAGCAUCCAGAAGGGAACCACUGAUCAAGAUAAUAAAAAUAAAAUGUCAUUUUAUAACCUACUAAACAAAGUAACAGCAUGUAUCAAUAAACAAGAUGAGAGAAGAAUAACAUUCCAAAUCAUUAAAAUAAAAUAUGAAAAUACCAAAAUCAAGUAG